AUGAUCUCUGAAAAUGGAACCUACAUGAUUGCCGAAGUCGGCAUCAAUCAUAACGGUGACCUGGACAAGGCACUGGAGAUGAUCCGCCAGGCAAAACAGGCUGGCUGCGAUGCAGUGAAGUUUCAAAAGAGAACCGUCGAAAUAGUCUACACGGCCGAAGAACUGGCCCGGGCCCGAGAAAAUGUCUUCGGACCGACCAACGGUGAUCUGAAGCGCGGACUCGAAUUCGGCAGGGCCGAGUAUGAUGCGAUUGACCGCACGGCGCGGAACCUUCAGAUCGACUGGUUUGCCUCACCCUGGGAUGAACCAUCCGUCGAUUUUCUGAUGGCCUACGAGACACCCUACAUCAAGAUCGCCUCUGCCAUGGUGACCGAUCGGCAGUUCCUGGAGUACUGUGCCGCCGCCGGACGUCCCUUGCUGGUGUCGACCGGAAUGAGCGACCUGGGAAUGAUCCGCAGGUCCGUCGAUAUCAUUGAAAAAGCCGGUGGCCAAAUCGCGUGUCUCUAUCACUGCACGUCAACCUACCCGACACUUGAUGAAGAGAUAAAUCUUCUUGGCAUCAAGACGCUUCAAAAAGCCUUCCCACACCUGGAAAUCGGAUUCUCCGGACACGAACAAGGCAUCCUGCCGAGCAUUUGCGCGGCAACACUCGGCGCCUGCUCGGUCGAAAGACACGUGACGCUCGACCGAUCCGACUGGGGGUCCGAUCAGAAGGCAUCGCUUGAAAUGGCGGAAAUGGCGGAACUGGUUGGAAAAGUUCGUCGUUUCGAGGUUGUCCGCGGCGAUGGCGUUCUUCGCUUCUACGAGGACGAAAAACCGAUCGCCGAAAAGCUGCGCCGCAAUGACACGCUGUCCGCGGCGUGA